ACGAAAAUAUCUGUGAGAGCUUGGCUAUGGCGGCCGCGCUCUCGUCUAUGGCGAUGGCGAUCGCGCACAGGAGGAAGCGAAGAAAUCUAGAUUGGCGAGACAAAACACAAACGCUUCGAGGACAACACCACGGUAGCAAAGUAUCGUGUGCCGCUUUCGGGUACAAGAACAGUGCUGCCAGGAGUCCCGACGAGGACAACUUGAAGAUUCUAGUGGAUCGCAUGCAAGGGAUGAUACACAAGACAGACAGUGCCACUUACGCUAGAGUUUUACGAGUUUGCGCUAAGAACAAGGCUCUCCAGCAAGGGAAGAAAAUUCACAGCUACAUUCGGGAUAGCGGGCAGGAGCAGGACAGGAUACUCGGGAACCAUCUCAUAGAGAUGUAUCUCAAGUGUGGGAGCUUAAGGGACGCGCAGAGAAUGUUUGACGAGAUGGUUUCGCGGGACGCUAUUCUUUGGACUUCUAUGAUCUCGGCCUACUCAGAGCGUGGUCACUACAAGACGGCAUUGAAGCUGUUCCAGAGAAUGCAAGGCGAGAGUGUAAAGCCGGACAACGUCACCUUUGUCACCGUCCUCAAUUGCUGCGGGAAAAUGAGUGCUUUGCAAGAAGGCAAGCUUAUUCACUCGCAGCUCACUGGAAACGGGUUUGAGAACGACCUCAUCGUCAAGACUGCGCUACUCAACAUGUAUGGGAAGUGCGGUAGCCUGACAGACGCAAGGAAGGUCUUUGAAGAAAUCCAGGGGAAAGAUAUCAUCACUUGGAACGCAAUGCUCUCGGUCUACGUCCAACAUAGUGCGUACGAGGAGGCGCUCGAGCUCUACAGGAAGAUGGAGCUCACUCCAAGCGUCAGCACUUUUGUCACUGUGAUCAAUGCGUGUGCCGGCGCUACAGCUCUCGAAGAUGGUCGACAGGUUCAUGCUGUGGUCACUGCGAGAGGUUUGGAAACUGAGGAUGCGGUCUCCAGCGCAUUGCUCAACAUGUAUGGAAAGUGUGGCAGCCUCGAAGACGCUGCCAAGGUUUUCUGGAAGAGACGCGAAUACGACGACGUUGCUUGGGCUCAUAUGAUAUCCUUCUACACACAGUGGCAUCGCAGCAAAGAAGCACUCGGGCUUUUCAGACUCAUGAGGCUAGAAGGUGUCCGGGUUGACAAGUUUGCCUUCACGACCACCUUGAGCGCAUGCAAUGGUGCCGAGUGCCUGGCGGAGGGAAGACUUCUUCAUGCCGGCAUAGAAGAGAGUGGCUUUGAAUCGGACGUGGUCGUACGAAGCGCUCUGAUCCAUAUGUAUGGCCGCUGUGGUCUCUACGAUGCUGCUUGGGAGCUCUUCCAGUCCGUGCCAACGAAGAAUGUGCUGCUCUCCAGCGCUAUGAUAGCAACUUGUGAGAGACACGGACACUGGCGAGAGCUUCUCGACGUCUACCAGAACGUCCAGUCGGUUCCUUACAAGCUGACAAUCAUCAGCGUUCUCAAGGCCUGUGCGGAGCUCCAGGAGUUGGAGCGGGGCAAGGCUGUUCAUGAGAGCAUCAAAGGCAAGGAUUUGUAUCAGGAUGGUGGUAUCAGAGAGGCGCUGCUGGGCAUGUACUGCAAGUGCGGAGCUCUGGAAGACGCACAAAAUCUCUUCGACAGAACUCCGGACAAGUCUACCGCAUUUUGGAACGCUCUGCUCGACGCUUACGUGAAGCAGGGUCAGCUGGAAAGAGCGUCCGAGCUGUUCGAACAAAUGCAGGCUAACGACGUAGAAGCGAACGAGAUCACAGUCGCAUGCGUGAGCUCGUUGCGAGAAGGGUCCCAGGUUUUGGAAACUACACCGGAGAACCAAGAAGAGCUUUGUCGGCAGCAGACUGGAACAGUGGAGCUGGUCGCCUAAGACUUAGACGAGCUGGUUGACUUUGGAAAACACCAAAGCAUUGCGAGA